AUGGAGAAAAACCGAACAACACUGCUAGUGACGCAGGGUCCUCGAAAGUUGACAAAUAAAGAUAGCGGUUUUCUGAGCAGACUACUCUCUCCAGGGAACAAUUACCGCAAUGCCCAGGGAGUGAAAACACAUUUGAGCUUCAGGGAUAGUCAGUGUAUCAGCUCCCCCCUACUUGAUCUUCAGUUUGUGAAGAGCUUCCUUCUUUGCCUUCGGUGCCAUCCUGCCCCUCCUAAAGUCGAAGCCAAAGCAAAGGCCUUAAAGGCCAAGAAGGCAGUGCUGAAAGGCGUCCAUAGCCACAAGAAGAAGAUCCGCACAUCCCCCACCUUCCGGCGGCCCAAGACACUACGCCUCCGACGGCAGCCCAAAUACCCUCGGAAGAGCGCCCCCAGGAGAAACAAGCUUGACCACUAUGCCAUCAUCAAGUUCCCCCUGACCAUGGAGUCGGCCAUGAAGAAGAUAGAAGACAACAAUACCCUGGUGUUCAUUGUGGAUGUCAAGGCCAACAAGCACCAGGUCAAACAAGCUGUGAAGAAACUCUAUGACAUUGAUGUGGCCAAAGUCAACACCCUGAUCAGACCUGACGGAGAGAAGAAGGCAUAUGUGUGGCUGGCUCCUGACUAUGAUGCUCUGGACGUUGCCAACAAAAUUGGGAUCAUCUGAACUGAGUCCAGCUGGCUAAUUCUAAAUAUAUGUUUUU